CCGCCUCCCUCCCCAGGCUCCUCCCUCCGGCCGAUGGGGGGCCGCGCGGCGGGCUUCGGGUUUCUGCUCCUGCUUAUUAAUAACGGCGGCUCCAGGCGCCAGUGCCGGAGCGGCAGACAAGAAAGAAAUGGCAGAUUUUGAACUUCCAGUGGAGCAGAAUAGUGAAGAAACCUUGGAGCCAAAUAUUGCCGGUGUAGGAACUCUGCCAGAAUUUAACCAAGAAAAUGUCCCUGAGUUCUUCUACAGGGACCCCAUUAGUGCUCAGUUCCAACAAAACCCAGAAAUUACUGGGGCCUCACUGGGGCCUCAAGAGUCCAUGACUUGCCAAGACUUGUCUACUGCUGAGAGCCAACAUGUGGAGGUGGAAGAUCUAGGAGACCGUUUCCAGCAAUGCAUUGAAGCAGUUGAACAACUAGAGGAGGAGAGGGACUGUCUCAUUAAGGAACUCACUCUCUUACGCCAGCCGGCUCUCAAGGAACUCCAACGGGCCCACGAAGAGAUUCUGGAAGCCUACAGGCUCCAUGCCAAAGUAGAGCUGGAGAAGGAUAACCUGUGGGAUGAGGUUCGACAGGUGAAGCAGAAGCUAUUUAGGGUGACGCGGGAAUGCGUGGCCUGCCAGUAUCAGCUGGAAACCAGGAGGUACGAAGUCACUCAGCACGUGGACUACCGAAAAGAACUGGAAAACAGAGUCAGCCAGCUCUCAGAAGAACUGUCCCAGUUGAGAGAGACUUGUGAGGAAGAGAAGGAACAUUUUAGGCAGAGGCUGAAGACUCCACGGCAUGAGAGGAGCAGCCGUCACCUCCAAGAGAGCCGGCGGCUUUCCAUGGAAUUUGAGAGUUUUGUACUGGAGAACCGUCAGUGCUUGGAGGAGCAUUACGAACCGAAGCUGAUGCGCCUCUUGGAAAGGAGAGAAGCCAGCCGCAAAGCCUUGCAAACGACACAGAGUGAAAUCCACAGACUGAAGGAGACCCUGAGGCCUCUGCAGGGAGAAGUCAGCAAGUUGCUACUGCAAAACAGGAACCUGGAGGAACAGAUUUUGCUGAUAAAGCAAAAGCGCGAUGAAGAGGUCCUGCAAUACAAGGAGCAAGUGGAGGAGAUGGAAAACAGAAUGAGGGAACUGAAGACUGGAGUUCAACUUCAGCAACGAAAGAACCAAGAAUUGGAAGAACUGAAAGCCAGUUUACAUCAAGAACUGUCCAUUUACAAAGGCUGCUUAGAAAUGUACGGGCAACUCUGCAAAUCGGAAGUGAAGGAAGAUGAAGACUGAAUCCUAUGCAGAGCCAUCUUUCCCUCUGCUUACCAAUAUGGACUCCAUCCAACUAAUACCGGUAGCAACCAAUAAGCAAGAUUUCUAGAAUGAGUGUGCAUUUUUACUGUCAAAAAGGAUGAUUUUUGAGAUGUGGCCAUUAUGACAGAUUUGAUGUUAACAGACUAGAUAAGCAUUAUCAACAACUGUAAAAAAAUACUCACAUGACAUGUCAAAAACUUUGUGUCAAUAUUUAACUUUCUGUAUAAAACUUGCUUAUGAAUAGUGAAGGAAACUUCAUAUAAGAACUGCUUUCCUAUAGGGGUUUUUCAAUCUAUGACAUUCGAUCAGCAACCAUUCCAAUGGUGUCAACCAUUAUGACACCACCUGAAUGGUAGUUAUGACCAGUCAUUGGACUGCUGGCUGUCCCAGCAGCCCCACAAUCACAGGAUUGCAACUUGGGUGAUUGGCAAACUAUGUGCACUUACAACCAAUUGCUAAGGACACCAUGAUCACCAUUUGCAACCAACCUUGUACACUUCUCCAGAAAAGUCAACAAGGAGGCUAGCAGGAAAAGUUUAUUUAAGACAAAUUUAUAUGGACGCCCACCCACUCAGUGAUUCUGAGGAGCAUAAAAAAAAUAAAAACCAAAAUCAUAAGUUUUAAGACUCUCCAACUCACAGGGCACCUCUCACACACCCUCACUGUGCCCCCUCAUCCCCAGCCCACAGUGGGUCACCUGCCUGCAAGCCUGGGACUGGCAACUUCCCCCAGAUUUUGAUUGUAGGAAGCUGGCAGGAAAUUGUCUGCCCUAACACCAGGUGACAGCAACCAGGACUGCAGGAAUUGCUGCUGCUAAGUGGUGUGGAACAGAACUACUAAGAACAGAACUGUUGCAAAAAAGCUGCAUAAGCACAACCAAGCAGCUUCCAACAUUAGGACCAUCUUGAUUUAGUCAGUAACACAUAAUUACUCAAUUUUUAUUCCCAAUGGCUAAGAACAAUUAACUUCAGCUAUGUGAAUAGUCACUUAGCAACCAUUCAGUUACAUGACUCCCCCCCCCCAAAAAAAAAGCUACUUACCUUUUUCUUCCCCUGAACCCACACCCUGCAUCCCAGCACCACACACUCAUUUUGGGUGCUUUGCAACCAGGCUCACCUUUAUAAUUGUUUGCAGCAUCCACAGUCACAUGAAAAUAAUUUGUGACACUUUUUAUUUCUGGCAGAAAAUACACAUUGGGGAAAAUAGAUUUGUUUAAUGUCCAUGGAAUUCACUUAAUAACCACAAAAAUUUCCAAAAAAAUGGGUCCAAUCACGUGAUGCCUCAAUUUGUGACCAGAAUGAUUUAGGGUUGUAGUUCCAGGCUCAAUUAUGAUAGUAACUCAAGGAGUAUCUCUAGCUCCUAAGAAACCUAAAAGACAAACUUUUCAAUAAUAUAUAAUUUGGUAAAAAAUCUAUGCAUGUUCAAAUGAAGAAAAAAAGACGUCACAUUUUACAUUAAAAAAUGAAUUUAUUUAACUUGAAGUUUUUUACAGGGUUCAUGAAGUUACACUGGCUGCUGGUGAAACAGUUAAAUCCACACAGCAAAUAUUCAGAGGCAAACUGAACUAGUUUCAUCAUUCUGUAUUAUGUAUAUCUGCUACCAGUGUUCAAUUCCAGAAAGCUGGGCAUGAGGUCUGCGAUCUAUCACUCAGCUGAGACACCUUUUACAACUUGGUCUCCCAAGUUAAAACAUAAAAACAAUUAACAAGAAAUGAAAGAUAAAACACAUUUCAAGAAAGA